GCAACACCAGCCCCAACCAGGCAAAGGGCAAAGACUCUGACCACCUCGGCUCUGUCUGUCUGUCUGUCUCCCCAGCCUCAGCCACUGGGACGGAAGUCGGCCAACUGGACCAGUCCAUGCUUACCUGAGCCCGACCGACGUCUGGAACGAGAAAGCAAACAUACACACUUCACUGUAGAGAAUGUAAAAAAGAACAGGUGUCGAUUUUCCAGUGGAGGCCGAAACGUUUCAAGUUUUCAUCCCUGCACAUCCGCAAAUGGAUUGGAAUUAAAGCCUGGGAUUAAAUCUGACACUUGAGGACCUUGCUUUCAUGGAAACGUAAAAGGAUUUACUGUGGUGGGAGCAGCACUUUUAUUUUUAUGCAACGCAAUGACUGAAGCAGUUGAAGAGCUUUGAUGAGGUCAGACACUGAUGCUGGACGAGAAGUUUCGUGUUCCAGUUCAUCCCAAAGCGCGGUCGAUGACCAUCACAACCAUGGUCAUUGACAGCAAGAACGGAGACUCCGGGGCGUCGUCUUUGCAGUCGUCCAAGAAAACCUUCACUGACAACCUGUCCUCCACGUUCAGUUCCCCUCUGGCCUGGAUCUUAGUCCUCGCUCUCGUCAUUACGUGGUCGUGUGUUUUCGUCAUCAUGUUCGAUCUCAUGGACUACAAAACUAUUUCAGGUCGCCCUCCUCCGCUCGUCAGGAAGGUUUUAAAGGAUUCAGGGCGUAGAGGAGGCCUCAGCAAGUUUGGCUCGGACCCCGUGACAGCAGUGAACGAUGUCGUGGAGGAGUCGACCAAUGUGAUCAGCUCCAUGUUGAAAUUUACUGCCAACCUUUUUGCUCCGGCAGACGAUGAAGGAAAUCUGUACGCGGUGAGAAAAAAAGGAGAAUUUCUCCCGUCUCGAAGUAAAGUUAUAGGGAUGCAAACAAAGACCAAACCACCAGUGGUUGAAGCUGAGGAGGAGGAAGAGGAGGGAGACGAAGAGGAGGCCGCUGAGGAGGAGGAGGAGUAUGCAGAAGAGGAGGAAGAACUAGAGGAGGAAGAGGAGUAUGAGGAGGAGGAAGAGGAGGAGUAUGAUGAGUAUGAGGAUGAGGAGUACGAGGACGAGUAUGAGGACGAAUAUGAUGACGAGUAUGGGGAGGAGGAAGAGGAGGAGGAAUAUGAGGAGGAGGCUGGUGUUCAAGAGGAUGAGGAAGAAGAGGGAGAGGAGGAGGAGGCAGAUGAAGAUGAAGAAGAGGCUGAGGAAGAGGAGGAAGUAGAAGAGGAUGAGGGUGAAGAUGAAGAAGUUUCUCCUGAACCCAGUUCCACCUCCGAGGACGAAGACUCCGAGUCGGACGCACCCGUCGAUGAAGACCUAACUCUCCCAGACGAAGACGAUGAAAAAGACGACGUCUUCAUCGACUCCUCAGACGUCAGCGACUCUGCACUCCUCUCCAGUGAUGAUGAGGAGGAAGAGGAGGGCGAUGAUGAGGAGGAUGAUGAAGAUGACAGACUGGCUGAAGGUGUCACUGACAGUGAAGAUGAAGAUGAAGAUGAAGAUGAAGAGCUGGAGCUGGAGCUGGAGCUUCCUCCUGUAGCUGCGGUCAGUGAAGAUGAGGACCAUGAUGAUGAAGAUCAUAAACCUGCAGAAGAUGUUGAUGACGACCAUGAAGAUGACCUUGAGGAAGAGGUCAAACUUCCUGAGGACGAUGAUGAUGAUGAUGAUGAUGAUGAUGAUGAUCUGGAACGAUCAGAUGAAGAAAUCUCUGUUGCCUCGUCUGAGCAUUUUGCAGACGAUGAAGAUGAUGAUGACGAUGAAGGAGAAGACAGCGACCUUGACAAAGACGUCCACGUUGACCUUGAUGAAGAAGAAGAUGAAGAUGAUGAUGAGGAUAAAACUAAGGAUGAAGAUGAUAAAGAGGAGGAAGAUGACGUCGCUCUCUUUGAGAGUACAGACAGUGGAGUCCUGGGUGAUGAUGAUGAUGAUGACGAUGACGAUUAUGACGAUACUCUGAAAACAGAUGAAGAAUCGAUCGACAGUGACGACACGACCUUUGACACAACUGAGGAUGAUGAAGAUGAAGACAUUGUCUCCAGCUCACCUGAGUUCGUCUUAGAUCAAAAAGACAAAGUCGAGUUACAAGACACUGGAAAAGAUGAAGAUGAUGAUGACGAUGAAGUCACAUCAGAGUCCUUAGCUGCUGAGGAUGAUGAAGAUGAAGAUGAUGACGAAGAUGAAGAUGUCUUGCUGGCAGCCACCACUGCACCAGCAUUUCCUGUCCAGGAGGGGGCAGUGAAGACUGAGGUGGAUGAGGAGGAAGAGGAGGAGAAGAUCAGUGAGGCUGAUGAUGAUGAUGAAGAGAAGAGCAAAGAGGAAGAAACUGUGAUCAGACCAGCUGCUGCUGCUGAGGAUGAGGAUGAGGACGAAGACGAAGAUGAAAAGCCGAUGACUACGACACGGAAAUCUGUGGACGAAGCAGAAGAUAAGAAAGAGGAGUUUGACGAAGACUACGAUGAGGACGAGAAGGCGACAGUGGACGUGAUUAAGCCUCUGCCUGAACCUGAGGAGGAGGAGGAGGCUGUGAAGAGCGAACCUACAGUUUGUCCCUGUUUGCAUUCGUCCAAAAUCAAAGAGUCUGUGCCCAAAACUGUGGAGAAAAAAGAAGCUCCCAAGAAGGUUUCAGACAUGAGGAGGAAAAAAGGCCGAGAAGUCGUGAAGAUUGAUGAGAAACCAAAAAAGAAAGCUCUUCCCAGAAUCGCCAGUUUGGAACCUAAAGUCAGGAGGAUCAGAAAAUUCCCCGUUUUUCUCAAAGCCAGGAGAGAGGACAAGACUAAGCAGAAGACCAAGACCAGGACCAAGACCAAGACUCCCAAACCAGAGAAAGUGAUCAAAAAAGAAGAAGAAGUCACAGAAUCUGGACAAGAAGUGGGUCCAUGCAAACCUGCACCGGUUUACUGUCCGUCUCCACCUGGGUGGUAUGUUCAUCACAUUGUCACAGAUAACCCGUACCCUCCUCCCACCGCUGCAGCUCCGUCUGCUCCUGUUCUGACCGUCCACCCCGGAGCUCCGCCCCUGCAGCCGCUCCACUUUCAACCGUAUCCACUGCACUUGAUGCCACCCAUGAUGCAGAUGCAACCAGGACCAGAACCAGCUCAGCCGUUGAUGCAGAUGCAUCUGGAACCAGAACCAGCUCAGCCUGUGAGGCAGACUCAGCCAGAACCAGAACCAGCUCUGCCAGUGGUGCAGACUCAACCAGAGCCAGUCCAGCCCAUGGUGACAGAAGCACCAGAACCAGAAUCUCCAGCUGAGCCACAGGUCCAGACUCCAGUGGCUGAACCUGAAACUGCAGCUCCAUCGAUUCAGGAAUCAGUAGCUGCAGAAGUAAAAGCACAGGCUGUGGCCGCCUCCAUCAAGAAAGCAGUUGAGAAGAAAACAAAAGCUGCGGAAUCAGAGAAAGAGGCAGCAGCAGCCAAACAGAAGGCAAAGAAAGACGUUUUUGUUUCUAAAGACAAAAGCAAAGCAAAGAAAGGGCCAAGUGCAAAAGCGGAGAAAAUCGAACUUCCUGUUGUGGUUAAAAAAGAAAAAGAAAAAACUAAAACUGCAGCGUUAAAGAAAGAUAAAGUUGUGAAAGAGAAAACUGCUGUGGCGUCAAAGAAAGAUAAAGUUGUAAAAGACAAAACUGCUGUGUUAAAGAAAGAUAAAGUUGUAAAAGAGAAAACUAAACCUGCUGUGGCUUCAAAGAAAGAGUCGGCCGCCACUCAACAGAAGAGGAAGUCGACAGUUUCGUCCGUCCGGAGCAAAACAAAGACGUCUGCUGUCAAGAAAGACUCAGAGCCACGUCCACAGCCGCUCAGACUCAGACCGAGAAUCCACGACGACGCCUCGAGCAGAGGAAACGUUACGACUGCGGUCAAACACCUGAAACCUGCAAGGUCUUCACCUGAACCAGGUGAACCAGCCAAGUCGAGAUCAGAAACCGUAGCAGAGAAGAAACGCAAAAGUGAGAAGACGAGCGACGCUGAAAAGAAAUCUGUCAAAGAGGCUCAAGAAGAGUCUCAAAGUGACGACAAUGCCACAGAAAAGAAAAAAACAGGCCAGAGAUUCUUCCAGUGCGUCUACGUCCCGGGCAAAAACGCACAGUACCCGCUGCGACCUUUCACCCCGGCGAUGUCCCCCGCCAUGAUGUCCCCCGCGCUCAGGUCCAUGUUGGAGCAGCAGAGGGCGACGAGGACGUCGGGCCAAUAAAAAAACCAAACCACCUCAAAUAAAUACAAGUACACCUGAUGGUAGUGCUCUCCCAGUCCAGCAGGGGGAGGCGUUUGAAUCUGUGGCGUCCUCCCGACACCUUCGGUGGACGACCUCACACAGACGGACAGAUAAACAAGGGACAUUUUAUUGUCUGUUUUAAUUUAUAUGUGUAUUUAUUUUAUUUCUCCUUGUGGUCGAGCUCCUGGAGUUUCCUGGCGAUGAUUUUCACUCGCUGUGUUUUUGUCGCCACACGUUUGUCUCUUAGAUUCACACACAGAAGCAUUUUUUAAGCCCUCAAUAUAAUAUUUAACACGAUGUACAUACUGCAAAUGUUAGUAAUUGAGGUUUAGAUAAAAAUCCAUGUAUUUUUGUUCAUUUAAGUGAAAGCGUGUUGCAUUUGAAUGACAACACUAAGUCACAAAUUCAAAUUUUCAGUUGCAACUUUUAAAAUUUUAAAUAAUAAAUUUAACAUAUCGUGUUUUCGCUCCUUUGCUGCUUCUGCGAUCGUUUGGAAUCCCGGGAGCUCCCACAACGUUUGACCCCAGCAGACUUGUCUGUCUCUGAACACAGACGUGUCACUGCAUCUUAGAUCUCGGUGUGAAGCAGCUGACCAAGAAGAAAAUGUAGUUUUCCAGAAUCAGAAUUGGCUUUAAUGACCGAGGACGUGUUUAUAUAGACUUCCCAGAUAUUUUUUUAACCAGAAAAUAAUAAUAAAUUUGUUUAAAUUCUAUUUAAAAACAUUUCAAUGUCAGUUGUAAACAUAGUCCAGGUUUAAUAUACGAGAAUUAUUCUGUUCAUUAAACUUAAAAUAAAAGACAACAUUUACAGUUCCAUUGGUUUAACAUGGUCUAAAUUAUACAAUUAUUGAAGAGAAAGUGUCAUUUAACACAAAAGUGUAUUUUUUCCGUGGUGCGUUCAGAGACAGGGAUUCUGUGUGGGACAACUCUGAUGUGAGACCAAGUCAUGAGACACUGUGAUGUCCGCUACAGUGGGUGAACGUCUGUUAGUGUCGUGCUAAUCAGCAGCUAAUUUAUUUUAACCCGAUAUAAGUUAAAAGUUGUGUAAGUAAAAAAAAUGGUGCUUUUCCUACAAAACAACUGCAAAACAUUACCAGCAAUUUUACUACUAUUGUCUUAUUUAAAUUUAUAAAUAAUUUAAAAAUCUGAGAGGAAAAAUAAUCAUUUUCACACCUGCGAUAAAAAACCCACAUUAAAGCUGGGCUCUGAAGCGCUUUUCAUUUAGUUUUUUUGUUGGCUUUGUUGAUGUCGUAUCAUUGGCAUAGAGUGAUUGGCUGGCUUACCUGUCUGUCAUUAAGUGACCCCGCCUACCUGAGCACACCUUACCUUGAAGUCUUCACAGUUAGCCUUAGCGGCGAACAAGCAGUGACAGCCAAGAAGUUAGCACAUUAUCGUGUUAGCGAGUCACGGAAGAAAAUGGGUGAGGCCACAGACAUUGAUUUUUAAAUGUAUUAUAGGCGGGGCUUUGAUGAGGUGAGAAGAGGGGAUGGUACAGUUUAGCUCGCUAUUGCUAACUUUCCCCCCACAAUUACUGACUGUAGCUUUAACUCUUACACUCAGUUCACCAUUUUUAAGCAUUUGAGCGUAAACAAUAAGGAGUCGUUCAUAUGUGGAGUUUAAAAAUGUGUGAAAUAAGAAGACCGAGGCAUUUGUUGGGUUUUGUACAAUUCUAGCAAGACUCUACUAGGACGAUAGUACCUAGUACCUAGAUAGUACCUGGUACCUGGAACAAUCGUUUUAAAUCAACUGAUUCUAAUGAUUCAGUGACACCAAAAACGACUGAUUUACAAGUCAUUAGUUUGUCUGUUCGUAUUGUGUAUAAAACUAUGCCACGAGAGUUUCACGCAAUCGUUGCUAUGAUGACUCCGCCCACAUUGAGGAGGUUCUACGAAGUAAUAGAAAACGACGUGACUGAUAUCAAACUUAGUAGAUUUCGAGUAGAGCUAGUACUGUAUAAUGGAAAAGUGCCAUAAGCAACCCCCUUGAAAAAGGGCUUGUCUUUCCGAUAAAUAACAAUUUUAACCAAAACCUGGGAGCUGCUGAAACAACUGAAGUUGCUGCAGCUUCACAGACAGACACAGUGAAUGACCACAUUGACCUGUGUGUGCGUGUGAAAAACAGGACAAACUUACCACGUUAGGUUAACUCAUGUCCUUCACCAGAGACUCAGGAGCAAAACGUUUAAAGUUUCUUUCAAAGUGGCUCUACGUAAUGCAGUAGCUACGUUCAUAGAAGUUGAAAUAAUUUAAUCUUGAAGUAAUAAGGAAACAGGUGCACCUUAAACUUGCGUCUAACAUCGACGCUUUCAGGUCAUUUCACCUGUUAACGGCAGCUUUAACAAUACCAAUAUUGUUGCUAUACCAGUAAACACAACAACAAUUUGUAUGAGGUGCCGUUUUUUGUAAAGUGGCUCAUGCUGAAAAUGACACAUUUAGCUUCAAAUAGUGUUUUUAAAAAGUUUUUUUUUUUUUAAAUGUUAUCACAUUUACAGCAAUAUUUGUUAACUUAGACAUAGACAUAUUAAAUAGUUGAAUCUAAAUGUUAAAUGUUAAAUAUUCUGGGUGAAAGUGGGUGAAAUAUUUGUGGAAAUUCCCAUUGCCAGUCACAGGAAGUACCAAAAUAAAAGCUUGAGUUUCAAAUUAUGAAUUAAACCCAACUUAUUGGAUGAAAUGAACAUUAGUGUUUAGGACUUAUGACCUGUACGUCUGUGCCGUUGUGGAUCAUCAGUGACGGCACUUUUUAAAAACACUGUUUAAAGCCACUUUAUAAAAGUCACCUCAUAAAUUGCUUUAUUAUCUUUACAGUCAGGAAAGUCUUAAGGUGUGUUCACUAAAGUUAAAAACGGAAACAGUACAGUUUCAGUCACAACUCACCGUCUGCUUCACGUUUGUUCUGACCGCGCUGUGAAAAUCAUCGGUGCAAAUCUGAACCUGAAGUGAAGCAAUGAAGGGUUUCGCUGAAAAAAAUGUAUAUAUCUCAGCGCCAGAGUCGUUCAUGCUGUUAACGUCGACCGCGGGGCUCCGAUAGUUCAAGUGCCAGCAUAUAACCCUGAGGUUUGAUGUACGCUCUGAGUUUAUAAGUUAACAAGCAUGAAAUGAGGUCGGGCCCUGAACUCGGCAGCGUCGGCUCUGCAGGCCUGAGGAGAAAAAAAACAAAGUGUGAAUAUAAAAUGUGACAUUUUGCAGAAACAACCUGCUGAGUUUAAGUGCUUGUCGGAGCGACGCGCUUUAAAAGUGCCUCUGAAAUUGUGGCGUUUUAAGUUGGGUUUUUUUUAGCUCGCAGACAAACUGUUUAUAUAUUUAUUUAUUUUUAUGACUCAUAUUCCAGCAGCAGCUGCAGCUGAGGCUACAUGAGCGACAGUAAAAGAUGACAAUGAUUAAACCACACGGUUGCAGAAGUGAGCUGUAAUUAUGGUUUAAUGUAUUUUAACGUUAACGAAUAAAAGCUGCUUUUCAUUAGCUAAAAACAAAAUUAACUAUGUGGGAAAUUAGCUAAAAAACAGCAAAACCCCUGCACUACAUGGUAUUUUGUGCACACGAACAUCGUAGCCACAUGUCAACAGUUACAAAUGAAACGCCCCAUGAACUCGGAGAUUCCAAGUUCCGACUACAAAUGGAACGCAGCAAAAACAACAGUGUUGUGUAAGAGAAAGGAUGUGCAAUCUAUUUUUUCUGACUUUGUGAUUUCAGGGCGACGAACAACACGUAAAUAAAGUUUAUGUCGCGUUCGUGAACUCUGGACGAACGUCAGAUACGUCUGUUUUUAACAUUUAAAAUGAUUCUCUGUAAAUGGUUGUAAAGACCUGCAGAUUCACUCAACGUGACAUUUUCUGACAUCACAUGGUCAGAUUUUUUUACCAGAACUAUGAAUCCUGGGAUUGAACACAUGAUGUUACAGUUUGAUGUCGCUUCAGCAGAAUAACAUAUUUUUUUGCAUGUCGUCUUCAUUUGAACACACUCCCUAGUGUAAAUACACGUGAACAGGCAGUCGUUCAGACACUGUUUAAAGACUGUAGAUAAUAGUUUAUUUAUUCUCUUCACAUUUAAAAUAGAUAAACGUAAAUCACUUAACAGAAAAAAGUGUCAUUUUUUGUUUUAAAAGGACAUUUCUCUCUGUGUGUUUGUGUGUUGUUGUUUUAACGCAAAAGUGUCAGUUAUUUCAACUUCAUAAUUCAUAAAGAAACAGUGUAAUCCAGUGUUUCCCAGACUCUGUAAUAAUGUAAUAAUAAUAAUAAUAAUAAUAAUAUAAUUUAUAUAUAUAAUAAUAAUUAGUUACAACUUCAUUAAAUUAGAGUAAUUUUUUUUUUUUUUUAAAGCAUACAUUUGUACUAAAUGGUUAGCAAAAUUCAAAAAUUCAAGGAACACAAAAACUCUUGCGACCCAUCUGUGGGUCCCCGACCCAGGCUUUGGGAACCACUGGUGUAGUCUACCUGUUGCAUGUAUAAUAAAGCAGAUAUUAUGUGAUCAUGUGAUCACAUGACAUACGUGACAUUUGAUUGGUCGUUGUCUGCUGUGCCGAUGUUGAAUCGCUAGUUUUUUGUUUGUUUUUUUCUGUUGAGUCAUAAUUUGAAUAAAUAUUU